AUGAACACUGUACAUCCAUUAGUUUUUCCACCAAAAUUAUCUCCAAUUCGACAACGUUUUACAUAUCAUGAAUUUCGGCCAAUUACUUUAGUUAAAUUAGAACGUGGUAUACUUCAUCGUUCACUUCUUUAUUGUUUAGAAAAAGGUUAUUUUUCUUUAAUUCAUUAUUUACUUCAAUCAGGCGCGACUGAUCCACGUGAACAUGAUAGUGAAGGACGUACCGCAUUAAUGUAUUGUUGUUUUAUUGAUAAUGAUUGUUGGGCAGAAAAUCUUGCUAUAAUUUUACUUGAAUAUGGUGCUAAAAUAGGUGAUCAAGAUCAACGUGGGCUUAAUGCAUUACAUUAUGCAAUAACAACACAACGAUUAAGUUUAGUUCAACAUUAUAUAGAUUCACUUGAUUUUAAUCUUAAUCAAGCAAUAGAUAAGAAUGGUAAUACAUGUUUACAUUAUGCAGCAUCGACAGGUAAUUUAGAAAUUAUUCGUCUUGUACUUAAUGUAAUGAAACGUUAUUCAAUUGAUUUAUCAAUUAAAAAUCGUUUCGGUUUAACAGCAUAUGAUAUUGCUUGUCAAACAGAUAAUGAACGUUGUCAAAAUUUAUUAAAAAAUGAAAUAAUACAUACUGAACAAUCAUCAACAAUUGCACCACUACCAGUAAAAACAAAUUUACCACCUAUUAAUUGUGAACCAUUAACUGAUCGACGUUUAUCUAUAACAAGUCGAAUACAUUCAACAACAUCAAGUCGACCACGUGCAUUUACACCAGCAACAUAUGGUGCGACAUCAACUGGAACUGCACCAUUAUCUUUUGCAAGUGCAAAACCUACUCGGAAACUAACGAGUAUGUCAAGUUUUCAUAGUGGAAGUAGUGCUGGUCAUUCAUCAAUGUUAAUUGAUCCAAUUGAAUCACAUCAUAUUAAACUUCGACGUAAUGAAAGUCUUGAUUUAUCACUUUUAAAUCAAGCAAAAACUUUAUCUAAUCUUUCAUUAUCAUCAUCAACAAAUCAAAACAAUGGUUUGAACGCAUCAUCAUCAACAUGGCGUAAUGAUUUUUCAAAAAUAUUCGAUCGUUUUCAAAUAAUUAAAACACCAUCGUAUAGAGAAACUAUUCAGCCACCAUUAAGUAAUGAAUUACCAAGUGAUAUCGGUCAAAAUUUAUAUAGUGGAGGUGAUGGAUAUAGAUAUGCAGCUGGUAGUAAUCCAUCAAGUUUAUCUACUGCAGCAGAUGACUCACAAAAACGACGACGAAGUGGUUUACUUAGUGCCAAAGUAGUUCAAAGAUUACGAAAAUAA